AUGCGUUCGUUAACUCUGGAGCGCUUAAUACGCAUUCUCACUGUGAUCUGUCAGCUAUUCUGCAUGGCACCGACACCGAAAACGAGACAACGAAAGUUGAAACGACUACGUUACUUUCAUUACGUAUACGCUUCCGUUAUACUAAUAUACAUUUACGUGUCCAGUUCGAAUUAUAUUGCGAAAGUUGACCCUUCGCAUAUAACACUUAAUACAAUAUUUUACCUGGGCGAAAUCCUCGUAAAUAAUCUCGUAUGUACAUUUUGUGCGUUUAACACCUUUUAUGCGGCAUCUAAUUUUCACAAAAUACCUCAAAAGUUUUUACAAAUCUUCAAGGAGUUGAAAGCGCUUGAACUGCCGCAGCAGCCUCCUGAGUAUAAUCUUUUGACAGUGCUUUACAGGAAGUUGUGCCUUUGCACUGUGGUUAUUUUACUUCUGAUCAUAAUCCCUUUAGGCUUGGUUUACAUUAAGGUGGAUUAUAAAUUAACUGAGUUUCUGCGCUUCUUAGGCGCUUAUCAACUACCGAAUAUCUUAUUACUACUUAAAUUGGGUCAAUAUUGGUUAGCUUUACGUUUUACAUAUCUACUUUAUAAACGUAUAAACGAAACGCUCCUACAACGCAUAAACCAUCUAGAUUUACAUAGCUCACCGAGAAGGCAUGAAGUCAUUACUAAUGCUAUGCUUCCAAGGACCAGUGCGACUUACGAGGCUCACGACAAAACGUAUUCUUGGUAUAAACGUGAGUUUUCUAGAACAAAUUUGGAUAAUUGUGAGAUUUUGGAGCGGCUACGUCGCUUAUACGCAGAUUUGGAUACGCUUCUGGUGCAAGUGAUACAUUAUUUCGAUGUAAUUCUGUUGCUCAACUUUCUAGGAUCAGUCUUCGGUUUUUCAAUAACUUUAUUUGAACUAUACAAAAGUUUGAAUUCACCACAAUGGAACAGACUACUAUGGCAUUUUCACUAUACCGCACGGGUUCUCAUCAUUCUGUUGACAAAUAAUGCAGUUGUGAAUGAGAAAUCACGUACAGCAUUUGUGCUUAAUGAGUUCUAUAUUACAUCGAAAGAGAUGGAGCACGCGGUCAACCGUUUCCAUCUACAUUUAAUGUUGCGUAAGCCUGUUGAAAAAGUAUGCGGUGUAGUUGAACUGGAUUUAAUGCUAUUUAUAGGGAUUUUUAGCAUCGCAUGCCAAUAUGUUACAUUUCUCAUACAAAUUGAUUUGAGCAAGGGUCCUUCGAAGAUACCAAAGAUGGUCGCCAAUGAUAUUUAAAAAAAAUAAUUUACAAAUUAAUCUAAAUAUAUUCGUAUAUGUGAAUUUUAGAAACAAAGAAGAAUGUCUUCUUUAAUUCAUUAUUUCAAUUUAAACCGUUAUUGAUGCCUACCAAAAAAGAUUUAUUAUUCGUUGUGCAUAAUUUAGAGAACAACUGAGUGCCUAAUUGUCAAACAUUUAAUUAUACAUGAGGCAAUCAUUAUUCAUUUUCUAAAUAUA